UUACGUUUCGGAUGUCAAAAUCAGCUGUCACAACAAAAAUAAAAACUCUGAACUCAGGACUUUUUUGCAUUAAUUUCAUUAAAUUUCCAUCAUGACCGACUUUGAGUGGCCUUGGGAAUACAAUUUUCCUCCAUUUUUCACUAUUCAACCACACACGAAAACCCGAGAGCGUCAAUUACUCACCUGGUGCUCGCUUGUCCUCAAGUAUUACAAACACAAGAACCUGGCGGUGCUAAAUUUCGGCGAAGAAAGUGAAUUAUUUGCGAACGAAGCGAUAAAUCGCAAGUUAUCGAACGAUGGGAAGCUGCAAGUGUUGGAGGAAUUGGAGAAAACAAAGAACGCUGUGCCGCUGGACAAGAAAAAGACGCAGUGGGAAGUUUAUUGGCAUACAUUGGAUGAAUGGGCGAACUUGAUUCACAAUUGGGUUGUCGCGAAUGGACAGACAAACACGAUUUUUACGCUGUUUGACUUGACAAAUGGCGAUAGCACGCAAGGCGAAGAGUUCUACGGGCUAGACGAAAGGGUAUUAACAAAAGCCUUAAAGGUGCUGGAAGGCCGAGGAAAAUGUGUCGUAUUCGAAAACAAUGAAGGCGUCAAGUUUUUAUAAGAAAACAUUUGAAAAUCAAUAAAUUAUUGUUUAUAUUUUAUGAA